AUGCCCCCCGCGCGCUCUGGUGCCCACGUGCCGGGCCUCCUGCGCGCCGUGGGCAGGGCGUAUUGGAACCACUCGCCGCUUCCCGCGUCGGCAGCCGCAUCCCAGCGCCUCGUCCCAGACCGUUCCGGUUCCGCCCCUCGCCGUCCACCCUCUCACCCGCUCGCCUCUCGCCCGUUUCUGUCCCUUCCUCCGCCCGCCCCUCUACUGCUGCCCGCCUUACUCCGCGAACCCCCUGCCCGCCACCUGUGCACCGAGGGGCCUGCGGGCGGCAAGGCGCGCGAGCAGACAGCGGGGGCAGAAGCAGCAGCGGCUGAGGCUGAGGGGGGAAUGGCGCAGGGUGCGGGGCAGGAGGCGGAGGGCAGAGUUGGCGGCGAGGGGAGUGCGCAGGAGGAGGAGUGGCGGCGGCAGGCGGAGGAGGCGCGGGAGCGGCUGCUGCGCGCGUACGCGGACAUGGAGAACCUGCGCCAGCGCGCCCAGAGAGACAUAGACGCCGCCAGACUCUUCGCCGUGCAGGGGUUUGCCAAGGGGCUGGCGGACGUGGCGGACAAUCUCUCUCGGGCCGCCGCCUCUGCCUCCCUGCCAACACACCCCGCCUCCCCCGACAGUGGGCAGGGCAAGGGCGGGGAGGGUGCGGGGGGGCGCGACCCGGAGGUGCUGCUGAAGUCGCUGUUGGAUGGGGUGGAGAUGACGGAGAAGCAGCUCAUGCAGGUGUUUCGGCAGCAUGGCAUGGAGCGCCACGACCCCAUGGGGCAGCGCUUUGACCCCAACCUGCACAACGCCGUGUUUGAACUCGACGACCCCACCAAGGAGCCCGGCACCAUCGCCCACGUGCUCAAGGUGGGCUACACUCUUCACGGCCGGGUGGUGCGCCCAGCUGAUGUGGGCGUGGUCAAGGCCAGGCAAGCAUAG